AUGGGAGCUACAUCUCAGAGCUCCGGCCGUGCCGCAAAGGCGAAGUCGCGGCGAAAGACCACGUUUUGCAUGUUCAACUUUCAGGGCGUCUGCAAGUACUCCGCAGAGAAUUGCAUUUACGCUCACAGCUUGGAGGAGAUGCACUACGCUGACGGAGGCAGGUUCCGGAAAGCCCAAAGUGCGGAAUCUGCAGAGGUGCAUCAGGUCGUGGUCACGGCAGCAACGGACGUGCAGGCAGGAUCUCAGGAAGGCGGCUGUGGAAGUGCCAAAGGUAAGAAGAUCCCGCCGGCCUGCCUUUCGGGUCCCAUGAUGUUACCACCAGGCCUUGCGAGCGCUGCUCCGAGAGCUCCGCCCGACGAAUUGGCGCCUGCCUUGUAUCCGCCACCGGUGCACUUGCCUCCCCCGGCCCAAACCCGCGCAGGAGAUGAACGACCUUCUCCAUUCGAGGUGGCCCAUCUCUACCAGGCUGUUGCUGGACUUCGCAUGGAAUGCACAACUGUGGCAGACCUUCUCCAGGCAAUUGAGGUAGCCAAGGCGGAUGUGAAACAGAUGGCGUCGCAAGCUGGUUUCAGGUUCGAUGACGGCGAGCAAGCGGGCGAGACUUGGCAGUGUGGCCGGGGCCGGUACCCUUUCCGUACGUUGCACCUCAAGUCGGAUGUCAGGUGCCUUCGGCAAGCUGGUCCGAUGGCCUACGACUUCAGUGAUGGGGUGUGGUGCUCUGCGAAGUUUGACGUUGUCUGUACAGAUAGGAGGCAUUGCCUUUGA